CGAGCUACGCGCUGCGCGCGCUUAUCAAAAUGACCAGAGUCAGCGAAAAUAUAUGUUACCAAGGUUUCGUGAACGCUUUCGUGAAGGAAAAGGUGAGAAGGCGUCUAAGGCUAUGGCAGCACAUGAACAGUUGUUUGAUCUGUUAGUGCAGUAAAGGAGUCGUCAAGAUGGCUUCAGAUCUACCUAGUCGACAGUGUAUAAGUGUUGCAAGCAUUGCUGAAUUCAGUGAACCCAUUAGUGAAACAGAUGAGAUUGAAAGUGUUCGCAAACUUCAGAAGCUUGGAGACAAAGCCUUUAAGAAAAAGGACUAUGCCGCGGCAGCUGCCUGCUACAAAGAAGCUCUUGAGAUCGAUGAAGAGAAUGUCCAACUCCUGUCAAAGAGGGCAGUCUCUAACAUUGAACUCAAGGAUUACCAAGAGGCAAGGAUUGACGCUGAUAUCCUUGUUAAACUCAAUCCUCAUGUUCCUCAGGGUCAUUAUCUGCUAGCAGUGUGUCUUGAUAAUCUGGAGGAGUAUGGAGCUGCCAUUACUGCUUUCCUAAGAGCAUUACGUUAUGAUCAAAACCACCAAACCCAAUUGGUUGACAAUGUUGCUGUUGUUGCUGCUAAUCUGUGUCACUUUCCUGAUGAUGUUCUUCAAAAGUUAGAUGAUUGCAGCCCUAUUGAGAAACUGAUGAUAGUAGCUGAGUGUAUGUAUGAAUCAAAGCAAUACGAUGUCUGCAUUCAUGUCCAGCAGACUAUCCAAGAUCUGAAACAAACAGACAAAGAGACCAAACUCAAGUCUCAAUAUCUUCUUGCCAUGUGCUAUCAGAAACUUGAGGAAUUAGACCGUGCUCUGGACCAGUUCCACACCCUCCUAUCCCAGUCUCUAAGUCACAAGAAUGAUAUCUAUGAGGCUUCGGCUUAUCACAACCUAGCUCAGUUGAAUCUUAAGGUUGGUCAGAUCCACCAUGGUAUUGUCUUCUACGAGAAACUUCUUUCCAUCUGCGAAGACUUGAGACAGAGAAACGACGGAGCUGAUGCCACAACUAGCAAGGGUGAGAUGGAUUAUCUUGUCGGGGAUAGACUACAAAAGCAUGUGCAUGAAAUUCUAACCAGUGCUUACAGAGCAGCUUCGGACCUUUCCCAAGCAUUGUUCCAUGCUGACCAGUACCUCUCUAAGACAGUCCAAGAAGAUGUCAGCAAGGACAAGGAGGUUGUAGGAAAGGCAUAUCUGUUGGUUGGAUUCCUUAGGGAAGGUUUAGGAGACUAUGCAACAGCUCUCAAGCACUACCAGGAAUACCUUGCUGUGAGUAAAACAAAGAAUGAUAAAUCUGGGAUAGCUCGAGCCUAUGGCUGUCUUGGUCGAGUGUACCACCGACUUUGUAAUUUUUCACUAGCACAGUCUUUCUAUGAACAACAGCAUGCUAUUGCAGAGAAGUUCAAGUACUUGCAAAUGGUUGCUUCUGCUCUGAAAAACCUUGCCAAGCUUUUUACUGAAAGGGAAAAUAAUGAUGAGGCAUUCAAAUGCUUGGAAAAGUAUCUUAGAGUUAGUAGGAAGCUAGAUGAGUUCUACACUGAAUGUGAGGCUUUCAUUGACAUAGGAGAUUUCUAUCAACAUCAAGAUAGAGUCAUGCAAUCAGAGUAUUACUAUGAACAGGCAUUCAAUCUUGCAGAAAGGACUAAACUGACAGGACACCUUCAUAAAGCAGCCUCUAAACUAGCCCAAGUUCUUGUUCAGUCAGACGAUGAGAAGAAAAUUGAAAAGGCACGAUUCCUGUGUGAGGAGAGUAUGAAAUAUUGUCAAAGAGUUCAAAUGGUUCACGAGGAAGAUGGCACAGUAGUUCCUGAAGAGAUUCAACAAUGCCUCUUACGAAGCUCUUCUAUGUUGAAAAUCAGCCUUUGCCAGCUUCAGAGGAACUUGGAAGCUCUAGAGAUUGCUGAAGAACAAAAUAGUUCUAGCUUCCAGGAGAUACUUGCUAAACAGACGAGAGAUGAUACCAUUGACCAGAGAAGUAGUAUGACAUUCCAGGACAUUUGUAAGCUGGUCAAUUCUCAGUCAAGUACUGUUGUUUACUAUGAUGUAACUGAUCUUGGUGUUCUCACAUGGGUGCUCAAACCUAACAAGGGCUGUGUCCACUUUGUGAGAGAAGUUCCAGAGGGAAGGCAAAGAUCUUCAGAGUAUCUCAAGGACCUGGUUUCCUCUAUUCACUCCAGCGAGGGCGGGCUUGAGAGUAUGUAUGACUGUGAAUACAGAGCACUUCCCAUGCUAGAUUCGGAGACAUACAAAAUGCAACUCUACUUCAAGUCAAUGUCAAGGAAUUACACACCUAUAAGCUUCACUUCCAGAGCUUACAGUGCCCCAGGAACUCCCAGUGGAAAGACCACACAAGUACCGCUAAGGACGCUGCACCACUUCCUUUGGGAGCCCAUUGCUGAACAUGUCACAGAAGGGGAGGUCAUCAUAGUUCCUAAUGAUGUGUUGACACAGCUUUCAUUUGAUUCACUGACUGAUAAUGAAGGUCACCGGCUAGGGGAGACAUUGAAUAUGACAUCUAUACCAUCUCUAAUGGUUCUAAAGCAUCUCAUCAACAACCAAGCAAACAUCAAUAAUCUAUAUCUGGCAGACUCUCAGGCGACAGAUGAUCAAGCAUCUCAAGUCACAGGUGAUGAAGGCUCCAAGUUGAACCCAGCCUCUCCAAUCUACCUUGAUCACAUGAAUCGUGUAGUGGUUCCUCAGUCUACUCUACCUCACCAACCCAUCAUGGAUACUGUCAAAGUAGCACCUGAGAUGGCUGCCACCAGGAUGUACAACCCAAGCCAUGUGGCCUUUGAUAGGACCUUCCAUGGCACGAUGAGAGAUGGCAGGGACCCUGUCCUAGCGCAAGAGGAGAGGAGAGUGAGGGAGGGGUGUGCAAGAGGGAGUACCCUCAUUAGCAAGACCUGGAGCGGGGGAGAGGUACCUUCCGUCAGGGACGGGAGGGUGGGGACGUACCGACAGAGGGAAGGGAUAGCUGGUAUCGUUGCAAUGGGUAACCCAACAUUGCCUGAGAAGAUGAGACUGCACGGCAAGAUCUGGAAACCUAACUCUGAUCUGGAAAUUGCCCAGAUGGAAACACACAAGAUUGCAGAUUACCUUCACACUGAACCAUACCUUGGGUCAAAGGUCACCAAGGAAGCUAUCUUGUCAGCAUUACCAACGGCAACCCUCAUCCAUUUAGCUCUGUAUGGAUCAUGGGAGGAUGGGGUGCUAGCGUGCACCCCUAACCCAACCACCCAGCCGAUGGGGGAUGGGGUGUAUCCUGAAGGGGCGUAUCAGAUUGGGGUACAAGACAUCCUUGGUAUGAAGCUAUGCAGUCAGCUAGUGGUACUCAGCUGUGGCUAUGGCAACAGGCAUCGGACCGUUCAUCUUGAUCUACCCCUUGCAUUCAUUGCUGCAGGUGCUCAAUGUGUUUUGGUAAUGUUAUGGGCCGUCAAUGAUCUAGUGAGGAAUAAGUUUUGGCAUCAUUUCUACCUAUCUCUUCAAGAAGGUACCAUGGUAUCACAAGCUGUACAAGCAGCUAAACAGGCAAUCAGACAAGAUAAUAGGUUCCAAGAUGCACGUAAUUGGGGUGCCUUCCAUGUGAUUGGGUUUGAUCAGUACAUCAAUCUUAUGACCAUCAAACAUGCUAUGGUUGAUCAUCAACUGAAUCAAACACAGAAACAUGUCCUUAAUAACAUGAAAGAAGAUGCUCUUAAUCUAAGGGAAGACAAUCCCGAAGAUAAGACUGACUCAGCAUUGAUUACAAAGCUUUGUUCACAUAUGGCCUCAGCUCUCACACAUCAUGUUCAUUUUCCUACUGUCUUGAGCUGCAUCCUAAGCCUGCUACAACAAACUAAGAAGCUCCUAUCAUGCCCUGAGGGUGAACCUUUCCCAUCUUGGAUCCUACCGGUUGAAGUCUUUACCUCUCCUGCAGCUGUUCCUCUUCUUAACCUCAUGGGAUUUCAUUUCCAGCCUCGUGGCCCGACAAGCUAUGAACCAUUCGUGGUGUUCCCAACACGAGAUCUGGAUGGCCUUCUUGACCCUGCACUCCAGGCUUUUGAAGCUUUGAUCGCUAUCUCAAAGAACACAGAAGUCAGUCAUUGUUUGGCUAAGGUCCUGACAGAACAUGAAAAGCUCUCAUCAGGUCUUAUCGACAUUCUGUCAAUCACUAAGCACAUGCCAGAGAUUCAACUACGAUGUAAUGAUUCUGGUAUCCAUAGUAUGUGGGUUGAUAAUACAGCUAGAGAGAUACUACAAGCCAUGGGAUUUAGACAGGUUGGCAAGCUGAUUCUCUUUGAAGGAAGCAAAUCAAACAAAAACCAGCUGUAUGCAGUGCUUCAAGUCCUUUGUGCAGUGUGUGGUGAGAAAGGCAAGAACAUGUUAGAGAGACUUGAUAUGAGAUACCUUGGUUUAGCACCCAGUCGUCUGGCAGCCAAGUCCCCUCGUCAAUCUCCUUCUAAGUCAGCUCGUCUGAAGUCCAGUAGCACGGUCAGAUUGACCACUCCCCCUAAGACCAUCAGUCGUCUCCGAACCUUGAAUCCUGUCGUCUUACCAGGAAAUAAGAUGGAUUUCUCAACACCGUGGUGGAGUGAAGAAGCAAGACAAACAGAGGUUACAGAGAAAAUGAAACUAGCCAAGGAUCUGAGUGCUGUUCACGUUGGUUACUCUCAGAGAAUGCAGAAGAACAGAAGAUGGCAUCUAGAAGCCAUAGCACCUCAAGCAAGGGAAGAGAGAGACAAGGUCGGUCUUGCUCCUUCCAAACCCAGGAAGGUUAAGAUGAAACCUGGUGCCUCACCGUCCAUCCCCAGGGUACCCAUAGACUACGUUGAACCACUAACUGCAGAAGCUAUAGAACAGCGUAGAGACUAUGCUCAUUUCCUUUCGAGGGUACGAUCACUGGAUUUAGAGAAACGGCAUCAGGGCUCGGUGCAGGGACUUUUCCUUCCAUAUGUGAACAACACAAAGGCUGAAGCAAAGUGAGCAGCUCUGAAUAGAUACUACAAUGAUAAGGAGAUGCUUGGUCUAUUAUGAAUGCAGUGCAAUGAUGUUUAGCUUUCCAUCAGGGUUUUGGAACUUGACUUUGGUAAUGCUCACUAUUUGGUAAUGCUCACUAGUGAAGGGACAGUGAAUGUUGCUAUUAUGUGUGUUGGAAAGAGGAAUUUAGCCAGAUUGUAUCGACCAUAUUCUGUAAUGAUGAUAAUACCUACUGCUUGUGUCUAGAAUAAACAUAAUUAGGGUUGGAUUUAGAUUCAAUGUAGGGUUUUCCUAUGAGAUAAAAUAAUUACUGAGCUGAAUUUUGAAAGAAUGACGUGUGUCUUUAUGUAAUUCUGCAAAAUUGACUCCAAACCUACCAAUGGUACUGGGUAUACCAUUCAAAAUAAUAUAUUGUAGUAGAUUUCAUAAGUUCAGGGACCUGUGACACAAAGAUUAGUGAUUAAUCGUUAAUUUGAAAGGGCUAUUCCGAUUGGUUCCUAGUCAGUCUACGGAGCAAAAUGUACAUGCAACGAUGGUCAUGAUAGGCCAGUUCAUUUAACGAUUGUUCACUAACCUUUGUGUAAUAGGGCCCUUGGGUUUGUUGUAUUGGUGUGAUGGUAGCAUUAUAUUAAAAUGGAUUGAUUAAUUCAUUUUAUUAUUUCAUAUUGAGUGUUGACCCAUUUGGUAUUGGUGUCAGGACAGUUUUCACAUCAGUACAACACCAAAACUUAGAAUGAAGCUGGUCUUGGAUGAAUCACUCAAGGUAUUCAGUAAAGUCACAUUAGAAGUUAUGAUAGGCAAACUGAGCUGGGCUUCCAACACCAACACAAAUCCAAAAUCUCCCAUUGUGUAUUGUCCUUAUCAGAAGAAGAAAUAGAGAACACCUCUCAUUUUUUGUGGGUUGGUAUUGUCAUUCAGUUAGAUGACAGUGUGAUCAUAAAUUCAAUCUGAUUUUGGUUCCUUGAACAAACCAGAGAGGUGUUUGAUUUUUUUUUUAGGGGGUCGGGGAUGUUUGCAGAUUGAUUGGUACUCUAUUAAUUUUGAGAGGCAAAAUGAUAUAGUGUCAUUCACAGAAAUUUGAAAGUUUUCAAAAGAAAGGCUCUGUUUAUGAAAGAAAAUUUGUUUUUAGC